AUGAGUGUCUUUGUGAAAAACGACAAGAUAUUACGCGCGUUACGUAUUUGCGGGAUAUUGACCAGUGUUUGGCCGUUGGAAGAUGGAGCUGGUAGAUUCAAAGUUAUCUCUUACAAAGUGCUGUUAUGGGUCUACCUGGUGAACGAUUUCAGCAUGGUACCCACGCUUAUAUGGAACAUGUCGCACCAUCGAAAUGAUUUCGCUAAUGUAAUGAAAGCUAUAAUGGAGUUGAUGUACGUUUCAGAAGAGAUUGUUAAUAUUCUAUAUUGUAUGGUGCGAGAGAAACGAUUUCGGAAAUUGUUAGCCGAGUUGGAAUGUGCUGACGACGAACGCUCUCCAUACGAGGAAAUCUUGAGGCGAGAAUUCAUGUUCUACGCGCGUGUGGUUUAUACCUGCGCGGUGAUAAUAUAUUUCGUCUGUGCAAUAACGUUCGCGUUAUCACCAUUAGUGUUAUCGCAAAGAAGACAGAUUCCGCUCAAUACUAUAUAUCCGUUGUCCAUGUCAGAAAUGUGGGCCUGGUGCCUUGUUUAUACACUGAACGUCUUUUCUAUUAUACAAGCCUUUUCUGUGUUACAAAUCGACUUAAUGAUAAUCACCAUAUUGUGGAAUGCCACCUUCAAGUUUAGCUUGGUAGGCAUACAAAUGCAUUCUGUGUUCACCGUUGCUAAGCUGCGAGCCGCCAUCGAUGCACAUCAGAAAGUGUUCGCUUAUACACAAGAGAUGGAAUAUGUCAUCGGCUUUCUGAUCAUGAAAUCGGUGGUAGUUGUUUUCGUCAAUUCGAUAAAUUGCAGUCUACUGGUUAUAAAUACUACUAGUGGCUUAGACAUAUUAGUGUUCCUCCAGCCUUUAAUUAUUCUGUGCAACGAUCUCGUGUAUUUUGGGACCAUUGUGAACAAUCUAGCUGAAACCAGCUCCCGAUUCUUGGCGCAGAACUUGGGUCAUCCACCUCCAUAG